AUGGCGAGGCCCGGCCGUAUAACGAGCUUUUUCAAGCCAGUCUCAAAAUCGCCGCAAAGCCCACAACCCAAAGCGGCGUUAAGAGCGGAAGCGUCGACAACCCCUCCCCCGCUAUCACCAUCGCCAGUACCAUCCGCUCACUUCCCCUCGUCCCCACCAGUCGAUGCAUCAACUUUCCGGGACCGCAACGCGGUGAUCAAAGGCUCAGACGAUGAGGAUGAUGACGACUUUGGUUCCGAUGACGACUUUCCGGAGCUGUUCUCAAAUCUGCCACGCGUUCCGGUCCCCGUUCAAGCAGCGGGAAACGAGUCUAAUAUCUAUGCAACGCCCAAGGCGAAGCGGAGAGUGCUGGAGUUCCACUCUUCGCCCUUGACCAUCAACACCAAACCUCACAAGUUUGAUAUCAAGGCACUACUCAAGCAUGCCGAGGCGGAUGAAGCCGUCGAAGAGGGUGAGCAGCGUACCGCGGCCCUCAUUGCCCAGGGAUCCCCAACAGCACGCGACCGUGUGGCGGCAAACGAGGAGCACACCAGUCUUCGUGACACAAUGCUGGACGUGUUAUCUGAUCCCGAGGAUAGCCAGGACGAGGGGAAUCGAGGGAGACUGAUGCAAGCGGUGAAACGAACCGAGGCAACGGUCAGCCGGAAGGAGUGGUAUUUUUUCGAUCGCCAGAAUCAAUCUAACAGCACGGCGAUUCAAGUACGGCACCCCUUUCCCAAGGCCGAUGCCACCGGAGUUUGGGCCUUCCUCGGUCCGGAAAAGCAUAGGUCCGAGAUCUUCGAAGACGGGCUGCCUUACAAUGUCCAAUGCCGGAUGCAGAACUUGCCUGACCGGAUCUUCCUGUGGGUGUUAGAUGAGGCGGGAUUCACAAAGUCGAGGAAGCUCCAAGGCGAGUAUAUUCGGCUCCUUGGCAUUUGUUCGGACCAGAUCAGGCGACUGCUACUAGACGAUAAAAUCGUCGGGCUAUUUCAAGACCUUGGAGCUUCAGAGCGAGCUCUUGCGACGACGUCUCAACCAAGCGGAGACUCGGAAAACGGCGCUCCCUAUCCAGAGGAUUGCCGAACCCGCCUUCGGGCUGUGCUUCGCAUCUUGGCGGGGACUGCUCACGGUUCAACGACUCAAACAUUAACACGGACCAUGUCCAUCCUCCUCCGACUCGGCAUCGACAACAUCAUACGUGAGGAUGAAGCGGUCGCGACAGAGUACCAAGAUGCGUUGUUACAAACUGCGUUGGCGGUCCCGUGGAGAGUCUGGAAUAACUUCUGCGGAAACGUGAGCGAGUCGCUCUACUCACAUACCCAAGAUGCUACCCUCCGCUGGAAUGCCGUUUCUUCUAUUCCGCCGCUUCAUGCGAAACUGGUCGAGCUGCGCCGACGCCUGGCACUCGUGUUUGUCUUCGACGACCCACGCCGAGCUUUUUCUCCGCCAGAAGACACCUUCAGCAUCCAGUCCAUCAUCGAUCGUCUCGAACAGGCCGAUGAAUUCAUCGUGGACCGCACUAACACGGAUUAUGUGGAGCUACUAGCACUAUCUGAGAUGCUGAGCGUUGCGGUUGGCGACGGAUCACCGCCAGCCGAAAACAUAAGCCCGGAGGCUGUCAAACAGUACAAUGCCGAAGUCGACGAGCUGGCACGUAAGAUCAAAUUACUGUGGUCUAGUAUCCACGAGCAGGGAGCUGCCUACAUGUCGAGGCUAGAAGUCCGCGUACACCUGAGAGACUUCGAGCGCAAGUUACAACACGUCGUGCGAACACGGCCCCGUCCCAAGGAGGACAUCUUUGGACUCAAUCCAACCGAGGACGACCUCGAGCGCCCCAAGCAACAGCAGUUCAUGAAGAGGUUCUUGAAAACAAAGGCAUCCCCGAGGACUCCUUAG